GGAGGGAGGUGUUUCUGUCAGUUCCGGCUGUUUGUUCGGGAAGUGGAUCCGCCGCUGCCGGAGCAGCCCGGAGGGAGCUGCGGAUCGCGAGGCCAGCACCGACCCCGCCCGCCCGAGCGCGCCUCCCCCGCCCGCCAUGGCCCGGGACUACGACCACCUCUUCAAGCUGCUCAUCAUCGGCGACAGCGGUGUGGGCAAGAGCAGUUUACUGUUACGUUUUGCAGACAACACUUUCUCAGGCAGUUACAUCACCACGAUCGGAGUGGAUUUCAAGAUUCGGACGGUGGAGAUCAAUGGGGAGAAAGUGAAGCUGCAGAUCUGGGACACGGCCGGGCAGGAGCGCUUCCGCACCAUCACCUCCACGUAUUACCGGGGGACCCACGGCGUCAUCGUGGUUUACGACGUCACCAGUGCCGAAUCCUUCGUCAACGUCAAGCGGUGGCUUCACGAAAUCAACCAGAACUGUGAUGAUGUGUGUCGAAUAUUAGUGGGAAAUAAGAACGAUGACCCUGAGCGGAAGGUGGUGGAGACGGAAGACGCCUACAAAUUCGCCGGGCAGAUGGGGAUCCAGUUGUUUGAGACCAGCGCCAAGGAGAACGUCAACGUGGAGGAGAUGUUCAACUGCAUCACAGAGCUGGUCCUCCGAGCAAAGAAAGACAACUUAGCGAAACAGCAGCAGCAACAACAGAACGAUGUGGUGAAGCUCACACGGAACAAUAAACGAAAGAAACGCUGCUGCUAAUGCCCCCCCCAGCCCCCUGCAGAGACUGCACUGCGGCCACGUCCCGGCCCGAGGCCUGCGGGCUCCUGGGGGACAGUCUCAGUAUCGUGCCGUUAUUUAAAGAAUUCUCUCCACGUUUUUGUAUCUGGAGGCGCCAUCGGCACUUCCUCCCCUCCCCCUCAAGUACCAAGAAGGUGUUGGACAACCUGCCCUUCCCUUCUUCUGGUGCCCCUGCCCCUUGGCCAAGGCACCUGGGCCCAGCGAGGACGCUGCCAGCCGAGCGGACUGAUUAACCAGUUUGUACAUAAUGUGUAUUGAUUGCUUUAAGCAGUGCGUCACCCUCGUCCUGCUCUGGCUUUGCCUCCCUAAUGCCAGCCUGCUGCGAGACCCGCCCUCCUUUCCAUCUUGCCGCCAGCAGCUUCCUGAGGAUCAGCAUUGUGUUCUAGCCACGUCUUUUGCCAACCUGGGCUGGUGGCAUGGGCUCCAUGUUACCUGUUCUCUCCUGCAGGCCGUCGUCAACCUCUGUCCCUGGGUGUCAUCCGUCUCCAGGGCCUGUGCCAUCUCUGUGCCCAGCCCCCUUUCAUCUCCGUCCCCUUCCCCUAACCAUUCUGGCAGCUGGGGAAGCCUGGCCUUGAGGUAGGCCCGGGGUUCCCGUUACAGGCCCAGCCCUUCGGUUCCGCAGGAUCACUCCUGCCCUUUGGCCAACGGAUUUCUUGUCCUGCCUUCUAGACGGCUCUGAGCUACAAACCCAGGGGAGCCAUAGCUUCUGUUUAUCCCAACCUGUUUCAGUUCCAGCAGAAAGGUAGGGUGUGUUCAUGUAGGGGUGGGGUUUAGGAGUGUUAUUUUAAGAGAUAAAAUGAAGCCAAAUCAAAUGAAUUAAGUUCCUCAGACUUUCUGUCCCCUCUUCCUGAGGUUUGGUUGGCACAGCAGCAAACGUUGUAGCCUCCUCACUUUGGGUUCAUUGUUUUUAGAAAAAGUGAAUGGCUUUGUGUCAUUGUAGGGCCGGGCUCUCGGCACAGCAGCUCUGCCUUCCUGGACAUUUCUUGGGAAAGGAGAAGGGGCCUCUCGCCCUGGUCUGCGUCAGCCCAGGGCCUCCCAGUGAGUUACUGGGUCUUCGAUGCAGCACCAGGCACCUCUGAAUGUGGGGAAUGGAUGCCAGGGGCUGCUGGGCUCUGGAGACGAUGCCUCUGAGUUGGAUGGCAGGCAGCCUUGUCUUGGAUCACUGAUAGGACUUUUAGUACAAAGGUAGCUUGAGGAUUUCUUAGCAGGUGGGGAUGGGAACCUGGCUUUGACCCACCCUGGUCCCCUGGAGGAAAAACCAGGGUUAUCUGCACUUGAUUCUACUGUCCCCUUCCCUCUCCUUUGGGACACUUCCUUCGCCUUGCCCCUAAAAGGAUCACGUAACCUGGGAUAAUUUAUUUCAACACCAUGACGUGUUUUAUUAGAUUUCCUUUCCUAUGCGAUUACCAGGCGAAGCCCUGAUUGGACAAUCACAUCACAGAUCACGGUUGCAGAUUUUCCACAUUAACGCUGUUGGUGGAUUUUUAAUUAAUCAGAACUGUGGAUUUCUCUUCUGACCUGUUUCUCCACUUCCCCAAACUGCCAAACAUCGCGGUUCCAUGUGACAGGCCCUCACUUUGGAGCCACGGGUAGAGGUGGGCCUGGGAAGGCGGUGCUGUGGAGGGCGGCUGCAGGGCCACCUGGUAGGCAGCCCUGUCUGGCUGGGGGACCAGGGGCAAAAGCUUGGUCUGUCCUCAGACUGCUCUGGCCGACCACGGGUCCUGUGCACCUGCACAGAGCUCGGGGCUCCCGGUGUGGGCGGCACACACUCUUCUGAGAAUUAAGGUGAUACCAGUGUGGCAGUGCUUGCAGAUUCAAGCAACAGGAGGGGGGUCCUGGAAGCUGCCAGCCCAGGCUAGAAACCAUGUCAUGGCUUCUGGCAGCUGGACAUCCAGACCCAGGUGGUGGGGUGAUUUUGGUGACGACAGUGUGCCUGUCCCGCUGAAU